GGUACCUUCAGGCAGUUCCUUUUUUCGUUUUAAACCAAAAACGAAAAAACUGUAUUUCUUCUUACUUACUUUCUUACUUACUCUGUUAAGUUAAACUCCUUAUCCGAGAGACACUCUGGGCCACAUAUGGAGAAAAAGAACUGUCCCUGGCUCUACAAGUUGCAGAGGCUGAGUGCAAGAAAGUCUCCUCCAAUCAGCCAGACACAACUCUGGAGGCAUAUGAGUUUAUGCUGACCCACUUAGAGAAGGUGGUGCACAAAGCAAAAGAAGCGCACCAGAACUGGAACCGCUGGGCUCCACCUGCCGAGCAAAAAAACUUUGAUUGGCGUAUAAGAGCGCUCGAGAUGCACUUUCCCGAGCUGGUGUCACAGAAGGCGGCCCUCAUCAAAGCAGCAAGUAUAAAGACAGACACUGGACAAGAACCCAUCUCAGUCCGCAGCUUAGCCCCAGUGGCAGCGAUAAAGCUAAAAGCCACAGCCCUACCAAAGUUUGCUGGCAACCAGCGUGACUACUACAGAUGGAGGAAAGAAUGGGAGGCUCUGCAGAAGCAAGGUGAACCGACCGGCUCCAAAGAGGUGAAGAAAUUUCAGCUGCUCGAUAGCCUCGACGAGAAAGUGGCCAGAGAUCUACGCCUGUCAUCAUACAGCUCAUCAGACGAGAUCUUCAGAGUCCUGGAGAACCGGUUUGGGAACCAAGCCACCAUCGCUCUCAAAAUCGUCGAGGAGCUACAAGCAACUCCACCAGUCAGGAGCAGCCAUCCAAGGAGAAUCAUAGAGCUCAUCCAAACUGUGGAAAAGGCCCUCUAUGAUUUGAAUGAACUGGGCAAUGCAGACGCCAUAAAGAACCCACUAGUGACUAAAUCCAUCGAGGGCAAGCUCCCAGAGACUCUGAGGAAAGACUGGCUCACCUAUGCUGCUGACGAGGGAAACACUGUUAACCACCAGAACCGCUUCGACAAGCUCAUCACGUUCCUGAAGUCACAAGAAUCCAUAUAUGAACAACUAGAUCAGCUGAGAGAUGUCAUCGAACCCGCCAAGGAGAAGACCAAGUUCCUAAAGUACACCAGAACAAAGACAACCAAGUCCAGCAGUGAAAUGGGCUGCAUCAUUUGCGGUGACCCAAAGCACAGAAAGAAACUAUUUUUCUGCAGAAGGUUUAGGACCAACCUAAAGCCAUCGGAGAAGAGGGACGCAGCACAACAGCUUGGUGCCUGCAAGAGAUGCCUUGAAGUCCACAACGGCGACUACUGCAGAAACACUACUUACCUGUGCGGGAAUCCAGAGUGCAAAGACCAGCACCACUAUCUUCUCUGUCCAGUUGCCAGACCCCAGUCCCAAAGAACACCCAAAUCCGGUCCAGGAAAAGCUGAGGGAAAAAGAUACACAGAAGCCCAAGAAGAGUUCCUCUCCAAACUUCCACCUGAGCUGGCACAGCAGUGUCGACACGCCUUCUGCAAUGUCACAUCCAGAGCAUACAACUCCACUGCAGCUAAGAGAGGCCUUCUGGAGGAAAACAGCUUAAACGAGUACCCAGUGAUCCUGAUGCUCCUUGACGUCACUGCCAACGAUGGACAAAGAAUCGGAACCCUCAUUGACCUGGCAUCAGACACGAACUAUAUAACACAUAGAGCUGCAAGCAAGUUGAACCUUAAGAGUGAAGACGUGACACUGGUGGUUUACGGCGUUGGAGGGAUGAAGGUGUCUGUGGCAACUAAGCGCUACCUCCUCAAGAUACGUGUCAACACUCCAAGAGGGACUCUCAAGUCACAUCAACUGAUCUGCUAUGGACUUGAUAAAAUUGCAGAAGUUCACAGACAUGUUCCAGUUGCCAAGUUACAGAAGAUCUUCCACAGCCCUGAACCACACUGGCACGCCAAGUAUCCGUGGACAGAAGAUCCAGUAUCUCUACCCGACAACAAGAGAGCAGUUGAAGCCACAUUUCUCAGAACAGAGAAGCAGCUGGCGAAAGAACCAGAUUGGAAGACAGCCUAUGCUUCACAAGUCCAUGAAAUGGUUAAUCGCAAAGCUGCAGUGGAACUGUCCAAAGAAGUUCUGCAGAGCUGGACCGGGCCAGUGUGGUACAUAAGUCACCUUAUCGCACCAAAUCCACAUUCAGUCUCCACCCCAGUAAGGCUAGUAUGGAACAACAGCCAGAAGUACAGAGGCCUGAGCUUGAACGACAUACUGAUCAAAGGUCCUGAUGUCCUGAACCCGAUCAGAGCGGUCCUGCUGAGGUUCCGAGCUGGUGUCGUUGCUGCCCUUGGUGACAUCCGCAAGAUGUAUAACUCUGUCUGGUUGGAGGAGAGAGAGGUCCACCUGCACAGGUUCCUGUGGCACGACACUGAAGAUGGCGAAAUAGAAGAGUUCGCCAUAACAAGAGUCAACAUCGGAGACAAACCUGCUGGUUGCAUAGCCCAAGUCGCCAUGCGAGAGACUUGCCUCCAUUCAGCCACUUUGAAGAAGAGAAACGUGUGCUGGAGGAAGACGCAUACGUCGAUGACAUCCUGACCUCUCACAACAACCUCGACCACCUGAAACUCCUCAUGUUCAACAUCGAGCAGAUCCUUAAAGCUGGAGGAUUCUUCAUGAAGCCCUGGGUCUACUCCGAUCAAAGUGGGAGGAAAGGUCCGAGAGGUGAGAAGAUGGAGUCAAAGACCAUGAUCCUGCCGAACCAGCUCACUGAAGAGGAUAACAAAGCCCUCGGCCUUGGUUACACCAUUGAAGAUGACAAGCUACAUGUCAUGGUUGCAGUGAACUUCUCCAAGAAGAAGAGAAAAAUGCGCCUUGGUCAGGACUUACUGAGAGAAGAAGUAAGAAGACAAACCCCAGAUCCACUCACCAGAAGAGAGGUGUUAAGCCAAGUCUCUGGUCUCUAUGAUCCACUCGGCCUUGUGGCUCCUGCAAAACAGAAGGGAGCCAUCCUGAUCCGAAGAGCUUUUCAA